AUGUCGUCCCAGAGGGCCCAGCGCGGCCAUUCCGGCAGAAGACAGCAGGCGGUUGAGGCGGAAGGGCUGGACUCCUCUGACUCCAUGAGCAAAUCCUUUGAUGGGCAGAACGUGAGUCUUGGCAAGAAGAAGAAGAAGAAGCGAAGGCACAGCCGCACCAUCUUCACAUCCUUCCAGCUGGAGGAGCUCGAGAAGGCCUUCAAGGAGUCCCACUACCCCGACGUGUACGCCCGUGAGAUGCUGUCCCUCAAAACCGACCUGCCCGAGGACCGGAUACAGGUGUGGUUCCAGAAUCGUCGAGCGAAGUGGCGCAAGACAGAGAAGACGUGGGGCAAGAGCACCAUCAUGGCGGAGUACGGCCUAUACGGCGCCAUGGUGCGACACUCCCUGCCGCUGCCGGAGACCAUCGUCAAGUCCGUGGACAAUGGGGAGGAGUGCCCGGCGCCCUGGCUGCUAGGGAUGCACCGAAAGAGCCUGGAGGCGGCGCAGACGCUCCAGGAGUCCGAGGCGGAUGGCGAGGCCAGCGAUGGGCGGGAGGAGCCUCAGCUACACACCUCGCAGCAGCCUCAGCAGCAUCAGCCAUCCUCCGGGGAGCAGCAGACCGAGCAGCAGGACCAGCACCAGCAGCAACAGCAGCAACAGCAACAGCAGCAGCAGCAACAACAACAGCAACAACAGCAGCAGCAACAGCAGCAGCAGCAGCAGCAGCAGCAGGGCCAUCCGGGGGAGCACGCUGGGGACCCUGAAUCUGCCUUCCCCCGGGACUCCCCUCACUUCCCCCUGGAGAAGGACGUCGGCAGCAGCGGCUUUGUGGGGACGCGGGGCGAGGCGGGCGGCGGCAGCCUGCACGGCGGGGGCCCCUCGGCUGCAGCGGCCCAGAACCCCAUCCAGGACGACCUGCGGUCCAGCAGCAUCGCGGCGCUGCGGCAGAAGGCCCAGGAGCACGCCGCCAGGAUGAGCAUCAACAACAACCUGGCGGGGCUUCACCACCCCGACCCCCUCCACCACCACCACCACCACCACCACCACCUCGGCGGACACUUCUGAUCCACCAGGGCAGAGCCGCCACCACCUCCACCACCCACGCCCUCUCCACCACCACCACCACCACCACUACCAUUACCACUGCUAACACCUUCAAGACGGCCACUUUGAUCCACCAGAGUAGUGACUCCCCCCCACGCCCCCCCUCGCACCCCCACCCACCUCACCCUAACCACCAGCUCCAGAAACUUCUCUCCCAAUCCAUUCCACCGUAAGUUAAGGCUGGUGUGAACAUCUUCCCACCCUUAUUCCCCACUCAAGAACCCCCCCCGCUGCACCCCCUCUACUACUCCCUCCCUAGCUGGCACAGACCACAGGUGGCUGGCUGGCCCUGCGCUCCCCAGCAUAGCUCCAGGAGGCUCAGUCCUCCCCAGACAAUCAACGAUACAGUGGCCUCAACCCAAGACUCGCGGGUGUCUCCUCCAGGAGCCUCACCCCCGCCUUGGCCUCCUCCUCGACGAAGCCGACAGUCACUCAAAUGUGAGCCUCAAGACGCGGCGCUGAGCCUCGCCCCGGAGUGACGACCUCUGGCAGGCAGCACCGCGUGAGGUGCUCCCAGCGUUGCGCCGCGGCCCAGGUGUGCCAGCGUGACGCGCGCCUGUACCCCUCAGUGCUCACCCGCCACGCCCGGCGCCGCGAGGGGCGUGAGUGAGGACAGUGUUCCUGCAACGUCGUGACCGCCGGCAGGGGACGUGCAGCAGCGGGCGCCGGCACGGAGUGUCCGGCGUGCCAAGAGCCCCACGCCGCGCCUGACCCCUGGACCCUGCAGCGGGGCGUGGCGAGGCAUGGUGGGGCGGCCCACAGGACGGGGCGACGACGGAAUCACUCGCUCACUUUCACCGACUUGCUCAGCGAAGACAAACGCUCCAGUUUAUAAUGAUUUUGUUCCUUGAGUGUCGUGCUGGUGUUUGGCGGCCCGGCGGCGCCUGCCCCCGGUGCCCGGGCCUUGGCGCUCCGCCCCUCACGCGUUGAAGCCAAAGUGAAGCUGAAGGACAAGUGAUACAUGACCCCCGCGCCCUGCGCCGCGAGGGGACGCUCGAUGUCUUCUGUGUUUCAGCAAAUAUUAAUAUUUUCUUCUUGCUGCAAGUGUUGAAUAAUUAUCGGUCUUGGUGACGGUGCCGCAGUAACAGUAACUUCCUCUACCUGUACAUAGAUGGCUCGUGCUUGCGCCACCAUUGCGUCACCAUUACGUCACAACGUUGUAGCCGUUUAGUUAAGGAUCAAGUUAGACGUGACUUUUCGCUGUGGACAAGCAGCAUCUCCCCCUCCCCCUCCCCCCCUCAAGACGUCAUAAUCCUCACUCAGUCGGUGCUUUUAGAUAAAGAUGAAAUUAAGUAGCUAUUCCAUGGAUAUUUCAGACCAGUUUACAGUUUUAUUAUUUUUCUUGUGUGUACGUACGUGUGUGUGUUGACUGUCAGCGCCGCGGGAGGGGUCACGGCGCCCCGACGGACCGGCGACGCGGCGGAGUGUUGCUGCGAGGACCGCGACGCCCACGAUGACUUACUGUUUUAUUUAUUCCGUUCACUGCAUAGCUCGUCUUGUUAUGGCUUGUUCCGACCCACCGCCCGAGGUCACCGGAGGCCCCGACACACCACACCCUCACCCCUGACACACCACACCUCACCACAGACCUUCCCCUCACGUCUCACACCUUCCACACCCCACCACAGCUCCCCACCACACCACACCACACCACAGCUCCUCAUCACACUACACCACACCUCCCCACCACACCACACCUCACUACAGACCCCCCCCUCACGUCUCACACCUUCCACAGCUCCCCACCACACAACUCCACACCUCCCCACCACACCUCACCUCCACCGGCCUCACCUCACUUCUCCAACACCACACCUCACCACAGACACCCCACUAUGCCUCACCUCCUCCCCACACCUCCCCACUAUACACAACAUCUUCCCUCCUCCCUGCAAAACAUCACAGCUCCUCCACAUUACACUUUGCCUUCUCCCCACCACGCACUCCACACUAUUACUCUACUCCACCUUCCACUCUAUCACUCCACCCUCCAUUUUGCACCCCCACGACCUUUGACUCACCCCAAAUUCCACCUCUUCUCCACUCUCCCACAACAUCACUUCGCCUCCACUCACCGGCUCACUCCACUUUCCCCCUUAUUACUCCACCCACGCAUCCACCCCCCCCCCCACACCAUCACUGCCCUUCCACCCUCACCCCUCAUGACACGCACACUCCACAUGAGCAGAACACUUCCACACACAGCCACAUCAACAUACACACACCCUCCCUCUUCCUCCUCCACACACACACACACACACACACACACACACACACACACACACACACACACACACACACACACACACACACACACACACACACACACACACACACACACACACACACACACAAACACAAACACAAACAAACAAACAA